UCGAGGCCUGAGGUCGUCACGUGCGCGCGUGGGCCCGGGCUUGCUACUAAACCCGAACCCGAUAGUGGGUACGGGCCAUAUUCGGGAGUCGCCUUCACGCUUUGGGACGCUAAGGAUAGCGGCGCUAGAGGUCAGUGGCCUUCGCCUUACGCCGCUCGUGCCACUGCCAGCUUCCCUUCUCUAUCCUCUUCCAGGAAUCAUCAGCAAGAUAAGAAGCAAUUCAUGGAGUCGGGCUCGAGAUCCAGUAGAGGUUUCGACGAGGACGACGAAGACGACGAAGUGUUUGGGAAGAGAGAGGGUACUUCGAGGAAAGUAGAAUUGACCGUGAAAGUUGAUGGAAAGGGCGGGAACGAUCAGAAGGCGACGACGCCACGGUCGAAGCAUUCUGCUACGGAACAGAGGCGGAGGUGCAAAAUCAACGACAGGUUUCAAAUACUUCGAGAACUCAUACCACAUAGUGAUCAAAAGAGGGAUAAAGCAUCAUUCCUUUUGGAGGUGAUUGAAUAUAUUCGAUUUUUACAAGAGAGAGUCCAAAAGUACGAAUCUACAGGAUGGACUGAAGAAAAUGUCAAAUUAGUGCCAUGGGUAAAGGUCUAUUUUAGAUCAUUCUGGAAAAAUGCACGGAAUACCAGCCAAGUGCCUGGAGAUGGUGCAGCUGACCCUGCUCAAGUCAUGAAAAAUGGUGGUCAUGCUUCAGGUUUCAUGUAUUCUGCUGAUGACAACAGAAUCCAACCUGUGCCGGGAAUGCUCUCAACUGCUCAGAAUCCAUUGGAAUCUGACAUGAGUGCUGAUGUACCAAACAAAACCGUGGAAAACCCAGUUGGUUUUGCAACUAAGGCAUCUUCAUCACCUAUUCCUUCACAGAGAAACUAUGCUUCGGCUGAAAGAGGAGCCGGUGCUGCCCAACCUCAGCAGAGGUUGAUUUCAGAUAUUGAUAACUUGGCCUCACAGUCUCAGUCUCAAUGGUUGAGACCCUCAGCUCCAGCUGAUUAUAGUGUCAGCAGUGAUAAUUUGAAUGAACAAGAGGAGCUGACAAUUGAUGAUGGCACAAUUAACGUAUCUACUUCUUACUCUCAAAAUAUAUUGAACACCUUGAAUCGGGCACUGGAGAGCUCUGGUAUAGAUCUCUCUCAAGCCAGCAUCUCUGUGCAGAUUAACCUGGGCAAGCGAGCAAGUAGGAGAGCUAGUACAACCUCAAUGUCUUCUGCUAAGGAGCUUGAUGACCCCUUGAGACACUCUAGAGUAGGAAGCAGCGGCGGCGAUGAAUCCGAACAAGCCCCAAAGAGGAGAAAAUCAAAUAACAUUUAAUCUGCUCUGUUUGUGAGGUUCCUUUUGUUUCGUUACUCCCUCAAUCCUGUUGUCUUGGCUAUCAAACUCUUAGGAGGAUGAAUGUACAUGAUUUAUGUAUGUAUGUACCCUUUGGGACUGAUAAUUGGGGGCAUAUUCUUUCAUUUCUGUUUUUAUUCUUCUUUUUUCGAGGCUUCCAUUAUCAAUUGAGAAGCUGCAUUUUCUUCCAGGAUUCCAUUCAUAUGAGAAGUUGCUCUGUUUUAGAGUGAUUUAGAUAAUGUUCUGUUGAUAAUAUUGUAAUGGCGUUUAUGACUUGACUGCAUUUAUCAAUAUUCUUGUUGCGCUUC